UCACAGGAGGUGGACAUGACAGGAACGGUGAUGACAGUUAGUAGCCAGCGAAUGAGUGUGAUGGAUUUCAGUUCCCCGCUUUUUAUGGACUUCCAAACCCUGAUCUACAGCAAACCAAGCUUCGAGUCAGAUUUACUGGGGUUCGUCAAGCCCUACACUCUACAGGUGUGGCUGUGUCUGGCUGGAGCUCUUGUAGUGGUCUCUACUGGUACUUUCCUGACACAUAAAAUUCGCUUCAGAUUGCUUCACUUCACUUCUACAGAUAGGUCAGAUGGUCUUGAUGGGACAACUACAAAACGGAAGAAACUCCAAUGUGAUGACGUCUUCCAAUGGUUCUUUGCCACUUUCGUCGGGCAAGCCUUGGAGUUCGGCAUGCAGUGUGUCCUGCUACGCUUAGUGAGCGGCAUAUGGAUGGUUAUGGUCCUGAUCGUGGGCAUUGUGUACCGCUCUAACCUCAAGGCGAUGAUGAUCGCUCCCAAGCUGCGUCUUCCCUUCGAUAGUAUGGAGGAACUAGUGGAGACUGACAUACCCUGUCUGGUAUUUGAAGGCAGCAUGAUUCACCAGCUAUUCUUGAAUGCCGAGGCAGGGUCGCUGCUACAUCUUCUCCGCAAGCAAGCUCUGGUGCACAACGACAUCCUUCGCGCAAUGGUGGCCACUAAGGCGGGGCGACACGCGACUAUAUCCAGCAGACUGGGCGCAGACACUGCCGUCAGCUACUUUUUUUCACUGAGCAAGACGUGCCCUCUGUAUAUGACGAGUAAGCCUUUCUUCAGCGCCACAAGCCUCAGCGUGGGAUACCGCAAAGGUUUCAGGCUCAGGAGAAGAAUGGACCAAAUAUUUCGUCACCUGCGUGACUCGGGCAUCCUGGGACACCUUUAUGAGCGAGAGCUUCCCAAUGCCACCAAGUGCUCCCGUGGACUGUCCAUUGAAAGCGACACACGAAGAGCUCUUGAUCUUGGUGACUUCUUCGGUGUCAUGUGCGUGUAUGGCGGAGGUAUCUUAAUGGCGUCUCUGGUACUUCUGAUGGAAAUCGUCACUAGAUGUCGAAUUCUAAAGAGUUCAAGCAGUCAAAUUUGCUAGCACACGCAUCAGUCAUCAAUACUAAAAAAAUAAUAGUAAAUAAACA